AUGGCAUCUGCAGAUGAGGGUAAAAGGUUAAGCUCCCUCUCCUGCUCCCCACUAUCAACAUCUUCAGACUUUGUCCAUGCAGCAGCCACAGAAUCCCCUGCUGAAAGCACAACCGGCCAGGGAAAACGGGACGAGGAGGACAAUGCCAUAGGAAUUUUGGAGCCGGGCGGAAUAAGUAGCAACAAUGUUAUGAGGACAAGCUCUGCUACAACUCUUGGUGAAGUUGAUCGGUUGAAUGAUUUGAGGACAGAUUCUGCUACCACUCUAGGUGAAGCUAAUGCUUUUAGUUCCAGAGGAGAAAAUUUUAGUCACUCUCUAUCUGAUUGUUCUGAAACCACCGACUUUGGAUUGGGCACAAAUGCAACCAGUAUGUCCCAAGAAGGUUCCACUGGCCAUACAAAACUUGUGGACUCUCAGGAAGGUUCAGAUUAUGCUGAUGAGGAUUUUCUAGGCGCCUCAAUGUCGAAGAACGAGCAACCUAGUGAUGGAUUAGAAGCACCACCUUCUCAGCCAGAGGUUGAUGAUUUAGCAUCAGCAACAACAGAAUCUCCUCCUACGCAGGUGAUGGAGCGACCCGGUGACCCUUCUUCAUAUAGGAUCCCUGACUAUGUGUUUGCUAGGAACAAAUCCACAGCCCCGUUGGAGUGGAGCACUGCAUCCAAUGAAUCCUUGUUCAGCAUUCAGAUGGGGAAUAUGAGUUUCACCAAAGACCAGUUUCCUUGGUUGGGCAAAUCUGGUGAGCUGGGUUUGCCUGGUGAAGUGAGCAUGCCUAUGCCUAGUGGUAGCAACCUCAGUAAUAUUGAUUUCUCAAGCAACCAGCCUCCAUCUAAGCAGUCUGCUGCUGAGAAUUCCCAGAGAAGUGGCAAUUUGGAGGAGGAAGUCGAACCAAGCCCAAGAGUAACUGAAGCAAAAUCUGCAGCAACCAUGAGAGAGGUUAUAAGGGAAAAUGCAGAAAAUCAUGAGAAAGCAAAUGACUCUGUUGCUGAGGGAAAGUAUCAUUCAGCUUGCCUCUCUCAUGCUUCAGAUGGAAGCACAAGAUCUUUUGCAUUUCCAAUAUUGGCAGGGGAGGGAGACGUAAGCUGUUCACUGAGGGGAGAUGCAAUGAAACAAAGGCAACAUUCGCCGUCAAAGCCAAAUUCGAAACGAGAAUCGCGGCCACAAACACCUAAAGAAAGUCCAAACGGAUCAUCACCUCAGACCCCAAAACCAGCCUCAAAUGGAGGAAAGUGCAGAUGGGGGCUGUCCUGCUUCUCUUGUUGCCCAUCAUGCUGUUCUUGA